UUGAACGCACCUCAGGAUGGCCCGUACUUUGGAACCACUAGCAAAGAAGAUCUUUAAAGGAAUUUUGGUAGCCGAACUUGUAGGCCUUUUUGGAGCAUAUUUUUUGUUUAGCAAGAUGCACACAAGCCAAGAUUUCAGGCAAACAAUGAGCAAGAAAUAUCCCUUCAUCUUGGAAGUUUAUUACAAAUCCACUGAGAAGUCUGGAAUGUAUGGAAUCAGAGAGCUGGAUCAAAAAACAUGGUUGAACAGCAAAAAUUAGAUCCAGUCAUCAUGUUCAGCCUCCCAUCUAAGCUGUUUGAGACCUUUGGGAGAAGAAAAGAUGAGUGUACUACCACACUGUAGACUCCUGGCGGUCCCACAGAACAUGCUGCUGAGUCACAGGAACUUCUAGCCUGCCUUGGCCUGCCGUUUCCCACCCACUAUACAAACCCACUGCUUGUUUGUUGCUUUUCUUCUCAUAUUUAUUGUCAAAGAUUAAUGUCUCAUAAAGAAAUGACUAAGGAAGGAAAAGAAACAAAUGCUCUAAAGAUCUUCUUUCCCCAAGCAGUUUUACUGGUGAAACAAAAACCAGUAACAAUCAAUAUCAGAAAUAAUUAAAAUGUCUAUAAACAUGUAAAGUUACUUAGCAAACUCAUGCUAUAUAAAAAUGGCUCACUUCCC